AUUUUGCAUAAAUUGAUUUUAUUCUAUCUCAUUUGAAAUUCAAAUGAGGCGGCUCCUGAACUAUAAAGGCGAUUCUUUUCGGUAGCAUUGUCAGAAACAGAUUUGUUAAAGAGUAAGCAAGAUGUGUAAAUUGGUUUGGUUCUUCGCUCUUCUGGCUGUUGCCUUUGCUGAACCUGCCCCUAAAGCAGGUCUCAUUGCCUCAGCUCCAGCAGUGGCAGCAGUUGUACCACAUACUGCAGCUUAUGUUGCUCCAUAUAGUGCUGCAUACUCUGGUCUAUAUGCUUCUGCCUACGCUAGACCCUACGCCACUGCCUAUGCUGGACCUUAUGCCACUGCUUACUCUGGAGCUCUCAACUAUGGAUACAACUCCAUCUACAACCACCCCUAUAAUGCUGUUCACAGUUAUGCUCCUUAUUCUAACUACUAUAACUCCAUCUACAGAUCUUCAUUCGAUUACCCUCAUGUUACAUCCACCUAUGCCGCACACCCUUACAAUUAUGUAUACUAAGACCCUUAUUAAUAAUAAAAUCAAAAAUAUUCUCUA